AUUAGAUAAACAAGGUCUGGUUGUUCUCUUUGUCAGGAAAUAAGGAAAAGAAGGUGUUGCCAAAGAUCUGUCAUGACCAAAAGGAGAAAAAACCUCACCUUGCUUAAAAUGAACAAAGGUGCAACCACAUUCUGGCUGCUGUUUCUGCUGUUCGAUCCCGCCAUUCCCAUGUGCCUCCCCACUGACUUCACCCUGUAUGUUGAAAAGCCAGAGUGUGACUACUGUGUGGCGAUCAACACCACUAUCUGCAUGGGAUUCUGCUACUCCAGGGACAGCAACAUGAGAGACAUCCUCGGCCCACGCUUCCUCAUCCAGCGAGGUUGUACCUACGAUCACGUCGAGUACCGCACAGCCCUUCUGCCCGGGUGUGCUCGUGACUCCAAUCCCGUCUUCACCUACCCCGUGGCUCUCAGCUGUCACUGCGGGGCCUGCAGGACCGACAGUGACGAGUGCACACACAGAGCCCCCACCGACGCAGUUCAAUGCAGCAAACCAGUCAGACGGCUCUACCCGUACCCUGGCCUGAAUAACUAUAUGAUCCCUUUUUGACUCUUCUGUUCAUGUUCUCGCAUGUCUUCUUUUUAACACUCCAUGAAUGCUUCGUGAAAAGAAAAAAAAAAAGCUUUAGACUUUAGCUGUUGGUGGAUUUAGUGAUAUGUGCACUGUCUGUACUUUAACCUAUUGCAGCAGCUUAUUUUAAUGUCCCUUUGUUGUCACAACAUGUCUAUGCUGCAGAUCUGCUUCUCAGUUUACAAUGGGGUUGAUCCCACUCCCAGAACGUAUUUUGGUCAGCGUCAUUAUUCAUCUUUUUGUUCACUCAUGUGACACUCAGACUUUUAUCUAAACUCUGAAAGGGAUUCUUUGAAUACAUCCCAAUUAAAGCUGAAGCCUCUAAA